AUGGAGGAUAUGCCGUACCUGGUGGUUAUAAUGAAGGCCAAGGAUUUCCAGUUGUUCAUCAUAGGUUUGGACAAAUUGGGCAUGGAACCUACUCAGCUGAUCAUUAACCUUCUCAGUGUCGGCUUACCUGAUAAGGGACUUACAAAAACAGUAUCCGAAAACGUUAUCAUGGAGACUUUAAUCAAAGCACGUGAACUUUUUCUGUCUCAACCAUCUAUGGUAGAACUCGACUCACCUGUGAAAAUAUGCGGAGACACACAUGGACAAUAUCCUGACCUGCUGCGAAUAUUCAACAAGGGCGGAUUUCCUCCUCUCUCAAAUUAUCUGUUUUUGGGAGAUUAUGUAGACCGAGGAAAGCAGAACCUAGAAGUUAUUUUGUUAGUUAUUGCUUACAAGUUACGCUACCCCAAGAAUUUCUUCAUAUUGCGUGGAAAUCAUGAAUGCGCAAAUGUGAAUCGCACUUAUGGCUUUUACGAUGAGUGCAUGAGAAGAUAUCAGAGUCAGAGGAUGUGGCAGUCAUUUCAGGACACAUUCUGCGUUUUGCCUUUGACUGCGCUAGUUGGUGAUAAGAUUCUUUGCAUGCAUGGUGGACUAUCUCCACAUUUGGAAUCGCUUGAUCAACUAAGAACAGUUCCAAGACCAACGGAUGCGACUGGAAAUACACUGGAAAUGGAUUUGCUCUGGGCGGACCCGGUCAUAGGUCUUAGCGGAUUCCAGGCGAACAUGCGCGGUGCAUCUGUCGGUUUUGGGCCGGAUAUACUGGCCAAAUACUGCAACAUGCUAAAUAUCGACUUGGUUGCUCGGGCUCAUCAGGUAGUUCAAGAUGGUUAUGAAUUCUUUGGAGGAAGGAAACUAGUGACGAUCUUCUCCGCACCUCACUACUGUGGACAAUUCGAUAACGCCGCUGCAAUGAUGACCGUGGAUGAAAACCUCCAGUGUUCUUUCGAGAUACUCCGCCCUUCGGUAGGGAAACCGCAACCUAAAGUUGUACCAACUACGAUGGGAUCUCCGGGUGCAGCAGCAUGUCCAUAGAUUCAUGCUUUUGUUAGUAAAUUCUCUAUGGCUGCAUGAAUGACUUACAUAUUAGACUUAUAUUCGUCUUCCCUUCUUGAAGUUUCCUCGUUGAAUUUCCUCUCUAGCAAAGCAUUAGAAUCAGUAUCUUGAAAGUGGCAGAAAAAUAUUAACGCUAGAUAAAAUAAACACC